UGGAUAUAUAAGCAGAUGUGAGCACAUUCUAGGUUUAGCCCGCAGAGCUAGCACUUACAAUGGAAUCACCAAUUGUUGGGGGAAUGGGAGGAGAAAAGCCGGCGGACCCAGAGAUACAAACUAUCUGCGACUCGGUAAAACCAGAGUUUCUGAAAAAAUCCGGAGUUAAUGCGGCAAAGUUUGAGGCCGUCAAAUACAGAGAGCAAGUUGUAGCCGGAACGAAUUAUCUCGUCAAGGUCUGGCUCGGGGGGAUCGAGUAUUCUCAUCUGUUUAUACAUGAACCGUUACCGCAGAAUGGCGAGAGAACGAGACUCGUGGAUUACCAGCUCAAGAAGACCCAGCAGGACGCCAUCGAGAGUUUUUAAAAUACAAUGUAAAUCUAUAAAAGCCAGAAACCCUAUAAUAAAAGAAAAUAAAU